AGGCUUUAUCAACAAAAUCAUCAACAAGACGAAUGAGAGAGGCUGUCAAAGCAAUGGGUGCGAGAACUGUGCCUGAAAGUUCCUGUUUUACGUAGACAAGCGGGCUGUAGUUUUUCACGGCAUGUGUCCUCUUCGAAUUAUUUAAUGUGGUUGGAAAGUUGUUGAUUCGUAACAAAGCAACCAGCGUAUUGUUUCCGACAAAAUUUAAAAAUCACAGCUUAAAUCUUCAACAUUUACAAGAAAUUGUGAGAAUCACUUUCCAACAUGGCACAACAGCGAGGAGUCAAUAGCCUGCACUUCAAUCAAGACCAGAGCUGUUUUUGUUGUGCCAUGGAAACUGGUGUUAGAAUCUACAAUGUGGAGCCACUUAUGGAGAAAGGCCACCUUGACCAUGAGCAGGUUGGAAGUGUAGGUCUGGUUGAGAUGCUUCAUCGGUCAAAUCUGCUUGCCAUUGUUGGUGGUGGCAGCAAUCCCAAGUUCUCUGAAAUUUCAGUGUUGAUAUGGGAUGAUGCCAGAGAAAGCAAAGAUUCAAAAGACAAGCUGGUUCUGGAAUUCACAUUCACCAAGCCAGUGUUAGCAGUUCGAAUCAGAUACGACAAGAUCAUCAUUGUUUUGCGAAGCAGAAUAUAUGUUUAUACCUUUCCAGACAACCCUUCAAAACUUUUUGAAUUUGAUACAAGAGAUAAUCCUAAAGGUUUGUGUGAUCUCUGUCCUAGUUUGGAGAAGCAGCUUCUUGUCUUUCCUGGACACAAAUGUGGAAGCCUUCAGCUUGUGGAUCUUUCUAACACUAAACCAGGAACUUCAUCUGCUCCAUUCACUAUCAAUGCACACCAGAGUGAGAUUGCUUGUGUGGCCUUGAAUCAACAAGGCACUGUGGUGGCAUCUGCCUCUAAAAAAGGAACACUUAUCAGGCUGUUUGACACCCAGACUAAGGAGAAACUGGUGGAGCUCAGGAGAGGCACAGAUCCUGCAACUCUGUACUGCAUCAAUUUCAGCCAUGAUUCCUCUUUCCUGUGUGCCUCUAGUGAUAAAGGCACAGUCCACAUCUUUGCCUUAAAAGACACAAAGCUAAAUCGAAGAUCUGCGUUAGCUCGCGUUGGGAAAGUGGGGCCAGUGAUUGGCCAGUAUGUGGAUUCACAAUGGAGUCUGGCUAGUUUCACUGUUCCGGCAGAAUGUGCGUGUAUCUGUGCAUUUGGGAAGAAUACCUCAAAGAAUGUUAACUCAGUUAUUGCCAUUUGUGUAGAUGGCACUUUCCACAAAUAUGUGUUUACCCCAGAUGGAAACUGCAACCGAGAAGCUUUUGAUGUGUACCUGGACAUAUGUGAUGAUGAUGAUUUCUAAACAGAUGAUUUGUUGUUAAGCCUGUAUAGACAUUUUUAUCCAGUAAGAGAAUCAUCCUGGUGUGGCAACAUUCAUCCCAAAGCAGCAAGAGAUAAAAGGGGAACUCUUUAUUGUAGCAAAUUAAGUAAUAGCACCCUUGGUAUUUGGGUGUAAAAUUUAUAGGUUUUGGCAUAAUUUUUAGUUUCAUGUUUUUGGAUUUUUAAAGCUGGUAUUAAAA